AGGGUUACAAAAGUGAGCGUAGUUAAAUGCGUGCGGGCAGUUCGCAUUAGAACUUUGGCUGUAACUGUGGUUUAGGAUGAUAGUUAAGUUGUUAAAGUUUUUAUUUGUUUGUGGAUGUGUGAACAGUUUCCCCGAUGGAGCGCCAGUGGACGCGUGUGUCAAGGAUCGUGCGAACCAGCCCAAUCAUGGACAACACCGGUCCCAACCUUUAAACACACUACCCUAUAAAGUGAUAGCAUCUUCGGCUCAUUUUGAACCGAACACUAAGAUCACGGUUACAAUAGAAGGUGCGGAACCGUUUAAGGGCUUUUUUAUCCAGGCUCGUUCUGCAGACGACAAUCAAUGGAUUGGUUCCUGGGAGGAAUCUCCCAACACCACGCUAAUUCCAGAAUGUUCGGCUAUCACUCAUGCAGAUCCGAGGGAAAAAAUUAGAGCGACCCUUGUUUGGACGGCGCCAAUAUCACAUGGCACAGUUUAUUUCACGGGUACAGUUUUGAAAGACUACGGCACAUUCUGGGCGAACAUUGUGGCCGAGACGCCUCACGACACGGGACUGCAGAUACUUACAUAAUAUUAAAAAAUAUAUAUAUAAAACCUAAAAAUGUAAAUAAAACCACUGCU